AUGAUAAGAAAGAAGAAGAAGGAAACAGCUGACGCGUUGCUACACUGUUUUUAGCUGUAUAUAAAAUACAUCCAGCUGCCAUUGAUUUGCAGCGUUUGCUUUCGUCCAAAGGGGUUUUAAUAUGAGGCGGUGAUUGGAAGCAACACAAGCUGUUUGUGUCAAAAUAAUAGCGGUAAAUCCAGAAGGCGUUUGAGAAGCUGUACCAGAAUAUUAGCGGUAAAUAUUUGACGAUCAGAGGCCUUUUGAAAUGGACGUGAGCAUCGCUGUGUCGCUGAUCCGGGGCCAGAUGGGCACAGUCGUGGAGCGAGCGGUGAACACGGCGGUGGAGACGGUGCUGGCUGAAAUGCUCAGAGUGGUUGGAGUGAAGUUCGAGGAGCUGAAAGCUCAAGUGGUGUUGAUGAAGAGGAAUGUCAUUACACUGCAGAGGGAGAAGGCCCUGAAGGAGAAGGAGAACGACAACAUUCGAGCCAAGCUGCGCUACACUGAGCUGAAGCUCAAGUACUAUAGGCAGGGCGUGGAGGAAGAGCUGCAGCAGAGAGCAUCGGCCUCCGCGCUGGUUCGCAUCCAGCCUCCCGCCUUUACCCGGAUGCAGAGUGGUGAGGCCAGCGUCUCGGCUACACAGGGGCCUUUGUUACGUUCAGCUCACAAAUCUGCAGAGGAAGCACUAUUUAGGAGCAGCCAAGAAUGCACCUCUUCAGAUAGCACGAGCAGACAAGCAGCCAGAGUUAGCUUUCCUUCAGAUGGGGCCAGCUCAGACUCAUCAGAACUGCUGCUUCCAGCCACACUUAGUGUGAACAUGUCUGCCGAGUCUCUGGACAGCAGUGCAGUUUUAUUUAGUCAUUCGGAGCGUGACGCACCUCAGAGGGAGGAUGUAGAACCGGAUGUGGAAUGGACCAUCACCAUGCAACCUCAAGCAGAAAGAUCUGCCGAGGCUUCUCCUUCUGUUAGGACGCUGACGUUGUCAGGACAACAGACAGCGCCUGUCCCACUGUCCCUAGAGGUUUCUUCUCAGGCUGACAGCUCCAUGCUGCCCUCUUCUGCCCUAGAGGUGAAGCAGGAGGUCCAGCAGGAAGAGGAGGAGGUGAUCUGUAUUAAGGAGGAGCCUGCAGAGGAGCAGCAAGUAAUGACCACCCUGCUGCUGGACUGCCAGGUGGAACAGUGUCGAGCCCCAGAAUCUGAGGCUCAAAGGUUGGUGAUGGAGCCAACAAGACCGUCAGCAAACACGAUCAUCCCUAGUUCCAAUUUUAGCCCAGAUGGGCCCUGCAUCUAUGCACUGCCUCAGUUGGUUGGCUCAUUGCCCUCUACUACAGCCAUGCAGUCCAGUUUGCUGCCCCGCCAGGCAGUGCGGCCCUGGGCCAAAGACCUGAGUCUUUAUGAAGAAUACAAACUGCGGCGGAACGAGCUGCGGAGGAGAAACCUGAACAGACGCAGGGAGCUGGAGAAAAGUUUGCCUCAACCACUGCUGGCAGACCUGGUGCGUGAGCGUCGAGAAAAGACCAGAUUGAGGGUAGCAAGAUGGAGAGCAAAGAGGAAGCUCCAGGCCUGUCUGAACCAGACUCAGGCUCACGGGGGCGCUGCAGUUGUCACUCAGGCUGGUGUUCCUGUCAGCAGUCAGCUUCAGCAGCACAGACCUACUUGUGCUCCCAGCAGCCAGCAGAGACACAACUCAGUAGCUCCUCCCGCCAACAGCUUCCUCAGCAACGUUUCUGCAAACAGCAUCCCCUCCAUCCUACCGGCCGGCACUUCCUCCUCCCUGAUCCUGCGAGGCCCCAACGUAGUCCCACAUGAGCAUGCAGUGACAUCAUCAUCAUCAUCAUCAUCAUCAUCAUCAUCCUCCUAUGAUCGGGUCAGCCAGUCCCCACAGAGCAUCAUACUGACAGAUGUACAUAUAUCACAGUGAACCUCAUUUGAAAAAAACAGCACAGUCCGCAUUCCAGCAUGAAGUUAAUUUCAGGCUUAAUAAAAGGUUGGGAGGCAGAGCAAAAUUACAAGCACCAUAACCACACACGAAGGAAAAGAAUACAACACCAAUUCCAGCCAGAAUCUGAGAUUCAAAGCAUGCAAAAUAAAAUGUCACACAUUUAACAAACAUGUUUCUAAUCCUAUGAUGAGUAGAUUAGCUGGUGCACAGGUGAACUCUGAAGUUGUUUUAUUAGGAAUCAGUUCAUGUAUUCAGAAAGCAUCACUAAUGUUGCUCUAGAGCAGUGAUCCUCAAUUCGUGUCCUCAACGGACAACCAAAAGUCCUGCAACUUGUAUUUGUUACUCUGCUUCAACACACCCGAGUCAUAGAAUCAGGUCAUUAGCAGGACUCUGACCACAGAACUUGACUGCAGAUUGAAGAAGGACUUCAGCCAUUUGAUGCAGGUGUGUUGGACCAGAGACACGUCAAAAAUUUGCAGGAAAUUGACCCUUGAGGACCGGAAUUGUGGACCGCUGCUCUAAAUUCUCAGUGUUGAGGUAAUAAAGUUCACUUCAAUAAAUAUUGUGUUCUUCAAA